CCCAUACCUUAGCGAACACCAGACCUGUUCUCUCAUGACUUGAAAACUCUCCUCAUCCACCACGAGUGCUGACUACACACUAAGGAUCAUGUUACCCUGCUCAAAGUUUGCAGUUCUCCUCUGUCUCCUGCAAAUCCUCUGCAUAACUGCCGACAUAGACAGUGGCUCCUUUCUGAUCUACAAUGAGAACCACAACAAGUGCAUCAAGGUGGAGAGUGCUACCUCAGUAACGGUGGCCAUUUGUAAUCCGCAUGCCAAAGAGCAGCAGUUUCGCUGGGCCUCUGAAUCGCGCAUCCUCAGCCUGUCCCUCAAGCUCUGCCUUGGUGCAACAGAGAUUAAAGACUGGGUGAAGGUGGUUCUCUUUGAAUGUGAUGAGAAUAACAUCCUUCAGCACUGGCAGUGCAAGAAUGAGACACUGUUUGGCCUUAAAGGCCAGGACCUGCACUUAAACUGGGGCAACCGCAAUGAGAGGAACGUAAUGAUCUACAAAGGUUCAGGGCUCUGGAGUCGCUGGAGGAUAUUUGGCACUCGAGGUGACCUUUGCUCAAAGGGUUUUCAAGAGAUUUUCACAAUAGGGGGCAAUGCUUUCGGAGGCCCUUGUCAGUUUCCAUUUAAGUUUAUGGAGAAGUGGUACUCUGAAUGCACGAAGGAUGGCCGCUCAGAUGGCCAUCUGUGGUGUGCGACAGAAAAAGAUUACGACAAAGACGUGAAAUGGGGCUUUUGCCCAACAAAAGCAUCUGCAGGCUGGGACACUGACCCAGUCACGGGGGUUCAAUAUCAGAGGAACCCAUUGUCAGUGUUGACCUGGCAUCAGGCGAGGAAGAGCUGCCAGCAGCAGGGGGCCGACCUCCUCAGCAUUGUUGAACUACAUGAACAGUCAUACAUUUCAGGGUUGAUAAGCUCUUCAGGGAUAUCUGUGUGGAUUGGACUUAACAGCUUGGAUUUUGAGAGUGGAUGGCAGUGGAGCAAUGGAAACCCAUUCAGAUACUUAAACUGGGCCCCAGGUCAUCCCUCAUCUCAGCCUGGGCUUUCCUGUGGAACUCUAAAUGCUGGAAAGGCCUCAAAAUGGGAGAGCAUGGCCUGCUCCAAGAAACUAGGCUACAUCUGUCGUAAAGGAAACUCCACAAGUCUGCCUCCACCCCCAGUCAAGAAUCAGCCCAGCUUCUGCCCCAGUCACUGGAUCCCAUAUGCCGGGAACUGUUACUACCUGGAGAGGAGUAAAAAGAUGUGGAGAGAUGCUAUGGCUGCGUGUCGCAAAGAGGGAGGAGAUCUGGCCAGCAUACACAAUAUAGAAGAGCAGAGCUUCAUUAUAUCUCAAUCUGGAUACUCACCAACAGACGAGCUCUGGAUCGGCUUGAAUGAUCAGAUUAAUCAGAUGCUGUUUGAGUGGUCGGAUCGCUCCCAUGUUACCUUCACUCAGUGGCAGACUGGUGAGCCCUCUCAUGCCACCAACCACCAGGAGGACUGUGUCCUCAUUAAAGGAAAGGCUGGCAGGUGGGCUGACCACAUGUGUGAGAAGGCGUACGGCUACAUCUGUAAAAAGAAGGCCUCUAUUACACCAGCUGGAGGCCCUCAUGAGGAAGCUAACCCAGGGUGCAAACUUGGUUCUAUCAGGUUUGGCUCUUAUUGUUACAAGAUUGGAUCUGAGUCGAAGACUUUUGAAGAGGCAAAGCAGGCAUGUUCACAGACCGGCUCAUACCUGGUGGAUGUAGCUGACAGAUAUGAGAAUGCCUUCCUGGUCAGUUUGGUGGGUUUGAGACCAGAAAAGUAUUUUUGGACAGGACUUUCCAACACUCAGGACAGACAUACCUUUAGGUGGACCACCAGAAGGAGCGUUUUCUUUACUAAUUUUAACGUUGGCAUGCCAGACAGACAUCAAGGUUGUGUUGCCAUGACAACUGGGUUCUUUGCUGGAUUAUGGGAUGUUGUCAGCUGCAGCAACAAGGAGAAGUAUAUCUGCAAGAAACCUGCAGAGGGCAUACCAGUAACAACGGUCCCACCCACCACCCCGACCCUGAGCUGUGAGCCUGGGUGGACGCCGGUUCCCAACAGGAACGUCUGCUACAAACUUUACAAAAAAAAUAGCAGUGAAAAGAGGACUUGGCAGGAAGCAGAGGACUUCUGCAAGGCCAUUGGAGGGAAUUUAAUGAGCAUACAUAGUGGAGAGGAUCUGGAAAACGCUCCGUUUCGUUUAUCAGACCCAGCCUGGAUUGGCUUCAGCCUGGGUACCAAUCAAGGUUUUGUCUGGAGUGAUGGGUCAGCUUCCAGCUAUGAGAACUGGGGCUAUGGCGAACCAAACAACCACAAUGACAUGGAACACUGUACCGAAGUCUUCAUGUACUACGGACGGUACUGGAACGAUCGUCACUGUGAAAACUACAAUAAUUGGAUAUGUCAGAUACGGAGAGGUGUGACUCCCAAACCUGAGCCUGCUGUCAUUGAAACAGUUUGGAACAAGACAGACGACGGCUGGUACAUUUACAAUGGCACGCAAUAUUUCAUCAACACUGAUGAACUAGAUAUGGAAAGUGCAAGAGCCUUCUGCAAAAAGAACUUUGCUGACCUUGCAGUCAUCACAGCAGAGAGUGAGAGGAAGUUCAUCUGGAAAAUGCUUCUCAAAGGCUCAUUUGGUCAGUACUACAUUGGUAUGACGGUGAAUCUGGAUAAGUCAUUCAGCUGGGUGGAUGGCACACCUGUAACAUACACUGCGUGGGAAAAGAAUGAACCCAACUUUGCUAAUAAUGAUGAAAACUGUGUGACAAUUUACAAAAGCAUGGGUUUCUGGAAUGAUAUUAACUGUGGUAUGGAGCUGCCCUCUGUUUGCAAAAGAAGCAGCAACUACGUCAAUGCAACAGCAGCACCAACCAGUGCUCCAAAAGGAGGAUGUGCCCCAGAGUGGCAAGCUUUCCAUGGAAAGUGCUACAAAAUAGUUAGUGGUAAGGACAAGAAGAACUGGCAGGAUGCUCGCACAUACUGCAUGAACCAGGGUGGAAAUUUGGUUUCAAUCCUAAAUGUGAAAGAGCAAGCAUUCCUUACAACACAGAUGGUGAAAUACAAUGAAGAUAUGUGGAUUGGCAUGAAUGAUAUCAACUGGGAGAUGCACUUUGUGUGGACGGACGGCAAAGGCAUAUCAUACACCAACUGGGCAAAAGGACAUCCUACAAGAGUGCCAGCUGGUCGCUACGAUUCAGCAGAGGUGUUUGACUGUGUAGUAACAGUGGGCAGUGAUUCCAGACAAACUGGAUCUUGGAAAGUUGAGGAUUGCUACAUGGAACUUAGCUUCAUCUGUAAGAGAAAUGUUGAUGCUCAGAUUGCAGUCCCCUCUACGACCGCUCUACCAAAAGCUUUCUACAAACUUGGCAAUGACUCGUAUAAAGUGGUGGCACAGAAGAUGAAAUGGGAUGAGGCGAGGAGGCAGUGCCAAGCAGACGAUGCUGAUCUUGCCAGCAUCCUAAACCCCAUAACCCAAGCAUCCAUUACACUGCAUAUUUCCAAGCUCAAUGAGCCUGUGUGGAUCGGCCUCAACAGCAAUGUGACGAAUGGGCGGUACAAAUGGGUUGAUAACUGGUUGCUGUCAUAUACCAAAUGGGGAAUGGAUGAGCCUAAAAACAACUAUGCUUGUGUGUAUAUGGAUGUGGAUGGAAAAUGGACAACUGCACCGUGUACUAACACGUACUAUUCAGUUUGUAAGAAGUCAUCAGAGGUACCACCCACUGAGCCCCCACAACUACCAGGCAAAUGUCCAGAACCACAAGGACGCACAGCUUGGAUACCUUUUAGAGGCCACUGUUAUGCUUUCCUAUCUUAUUUUGAUGGCAGUUGGCCCUCUUCCUCAGUUGAAUGUCUAAAAAGGGAUGCCGCUCUGCUUAGUAUUGAAGACCCUCAGGAGGCUCUGUUCAUACAACAGAACCUAAAUCUUCUACAAGAUGAGUCCAAGUCCUUCUGGAUCGGCCUGUACAAGACUCAUGAAAGUGAGUGGAGAUGGUUUGAUAACAGCGUUGUGGACUACACAAACUGGAAAAAAGGGAUGCCACAGUCAGACACAUGUGUGGAAAUCAACUCUGAAAGUGGACAGUGGAAUACAAACAGAUGCUACAGAAGUAGGCCUUGCAUCUGCAAAAGAGCCAAAGUUAUUCCUCCUACAGAAAAGCCACCAGUUGUUGCUCCUGUUGUCGAAAAACCUUCACAAAGCUCUGCAGGCGUCACUGUGGCUGUUGUGCUAGUUGUAAUAGCCAUAAUUGGACUUGGUGCCUUCCUACUUUUCCGCAAACGGAUACCAACCCCUGUGUUGGGAGAAAGCACCUUUGACAAUAAGUUAUACUUUACAAAUCCCAUGCGAGCUCCUGUAGAUACAAAGGGACUAGUGGUCAACAUAGAGCAGAAUGAACAAGCAUAGGAAACACGGGAAAGUGGUAAUCACUAUAAAAUUCAUAUGAUUAGUGACUUUAUGUUGAUGGUUUCCUGUAUUAUUUUGAAUAAAUUUACUAGGCAGUGAAACUAAUCACUAAUUCAUACAAGCACUGGAAAUGGACUUGAUGAGUUAAGUACAAGAAUAUAAAUGAUAGAGUGAUCUAUAACAGUUUAAUAUGAUAAUUUCACUUGAGAAGUGUAUACAGAUCAUUUCUAGAGCGACCAACCAUGUAAUUAUUUGUGGAUCAAACACUGGAUAAUAAUCAAAAGAAGUUAAAAUGUUGAAUCAAUGCAAUUAACAAGAUUUCCUCAACUAGGUUGCUAUUUUCAACAUUUUCCAUGGUUUUCAACGACAACUGUAAAUAGAUGUUUAAUAAAAGAAAU